GAAUAUCAAUUAAAAAUAUCGUACCGUUUGCCUGAUUUCGGAUAAAGUUGUUUAGAAUAUUCUUCAGCCCUAUUGCGGUUAAAGAGGCGCUGUUGAUCAUUCACAGUAGAAGUCAAUUUUUUGUCCUAUUUACAUCUUCGAAAUUGGAAUUAAGUGAAUUACGCUAUGGCGGAGGAAGAUUCGGGUCCCAAAAUUACAAUUCAUAUCAAAACUGCAAAAGAAAGAAAAUCUAUUGAAAUUGAAGAAAAUGCAACUGUAAAGGAGUUAAAAGAAGAAGUAGCCAAAGCAUUCAGCACUUCUCUUGAGCAAGUGUGUUUAAUUUUUGCUGGGAAGAUUUUGAAGGAUCAUGAAGAAAUUAAAUCUCAUAAUAUAAAAGAAGGAUUGACUAUUCAUUUAGUUAUCAGAACUUCAAAUCGACAGCAAGAUCCACCAGCACCUUCUCCGAAUGUUACGGCGCCACCGCCUUUACCUGGAAACCUGUUUGGAUUUGGAGGUUUUGGCGGACUUCCUGGUCUUGGAAAUUUGGGGAGUGCGUUAGGUGGUCAAGCAGGUGGUGGUAGUUCUGCAUUUGCUGACAUGCAGCAACAAAUGCAGCGAGAGCUUAUGAAUAAUCCUGAAAUGAUGAGGCAACUUUUUGAUAGUCCUAUUGUGCAGUCUCUAUUUUCUAAUCCUGAAACUUUGCGGGAUAUGAUAAUGAACCAUCCUCAGAUGCAGCAAAUUAUGGAGAGAAACCCUGAAAUCAACCACAUAUUUAAUAAUCCUGAUCUUUUGAGGCAUACAAUGGAAAUAAUGCGGAAUCCAGCAAUGUUGCAGGAAGUAAUGAGGAAUCAAGAUAGAGCAUUGAGUAAUAUUGAGAGUGUUCCAGGUGGCUACAAUGCAUUGAGAAGAAUGUAUACUGAACUCCAAGAACCUAUGUACAAUGCAGCUCAGGAACAGUUUGGAACAAAUCCUUUUGCAUCUCUUGUUAGUGACACGGGAGAUUCAGGAUCUGCUCAACAAGGAACAGAAAAUAGAGACCCUCUACCUAACCCAUGGGCACCUGGAGGAGGACCGCAAAAUUCAACACCCACAACCCGACCUCCUACUGCGACCCCUAAUUUACUUGGAACACCUGGAAUGCAGAGUAUGUUUCAACAACUGACUGAUAAUCCUGCUCUUUUAUCAAAUCUCAAUACGCCACUCAUGCAAAAUAUGUUGCAGUCUUUAUCAUCAAAUCCAGAUUUUGUUCAGCGGAUGAUAUCAAGUAAUCCUCUUCUUUCUAGUAAUCCUGAAUUACAACAGCAAAUGCGUAAUAUGUUACCGCAGAUGAUGUCUCAAAUACAGAAUCCUGAAUAUCAAAAUCUUCUAUCAAAUCCUGCCGCUGUUCAAGCAAUAAUGCAAAUUCAUCAAGGUAUGGCACAGCUGCAGCAGCUAGCGCCUAAUGUUUUCAGGCAAGGUAGUUUCCCUCCUGGAACUCCUACCACUACAACAGGUGCUACUCCUGCUACACCUACAACAUCCCCUGUAUCAACUACUACAAAUAGUACAUCUUCAACUACUACUACUACCAAUUCUGCCGCAACUCCUCCUAAUAUAGAUCCACUAAGUAUGAAUAACCAGGAAGCCUUUACUCAGCUAAUGGCAAAUAUGCUAUCUACUAUGGCAAUAAAUGACCAACAACAACAACAACAGCAGCAGCAACAACAACAACCUCCAGAAGAAAGGUAUCGGUCCCAACUAGAACAAUUGGCUAAUAUGGGGUUUGUCAACCGUGAAGCUAAUUUACAAGCUCUUAUCACUACGUUUGGGGACAUUAAUGCUGCUGUUGAAAGGCUGUUGCAGUCACACCAGUUCAAUCCUGCGUAAAAAUUAGUUAUUGUGAAAGAAAUAAAAAUAGAAUUACAGAAUAUCCUGGACCAACCUUUAAGAAUUUUAGUGUUUUCUUUUCAAAAGAGGAAACAUUAUCAAAAUUUCAAUUGAUUGCUGUUUUUCCAACUUUCAAAUAUCAAUAUUAGUUUGAUGCAGAUUCUUACUUGUCAUUUUCUCACUUCAAUUUCCUGCAGCUCUGAGAGUCUGUUUCUCACUUCAAUGUUCCUUCUUGUUGUUGUCGAUUUAAUACAAAAAAGAAAAUUGAAUUCAUCCCUUAUUAUUUUAGGACUUUUCUCUUUAUGACAUUUGAAUAUAUUCCUUGAUAAUAUCUAUUUUUAUAGUGUCAUAGGAAACUGUGUUUAUCAACUUAUCUUAUAAUGUAUAUGUUGAACACUACAUACAAUUUUACUCCAAUGUAAACUGAUUAUUUAUGCUUUUUUUUUCCUUGAUUGAUUUUUUUUCUUAUAAAAUAUUCAUCCCUAAUCACAGGCAUGCUCAAAGCGGUAAUAGAUUGUCCAAUUUUAUAUUUGUAGCAAGUGCUGAAAUAUGUGAUUGUAUUUUCUGUUGUAAUAUGUAUAUUGCUGGGAAUAAUAUGAAGUUCAUCAUAUUUCAUGUUUUAAAAACAUAUUUGUGAAAUAUAUCUUCAAAAUAAAUUUUUAAUAUAUAAAAUAUAUAUUAGUGUGAUGUUAUUAAAAUUAUAGAUAUGUGCUUUCCUUGGUAUAGUUUGUUUUUAUUUGUUUUAAAUGAUACAAGGAUUAUUAUAUUAGUUAAAAUUUAUUUUGUUAUUAAUAUACUUAAUGUUUUUGUCUUUGUUAAAUACUGAGGAAAAAGAACUGUAGCUUACUUAAUGAUAUAUAUUUUGAACAUAUUAUUAAGUAUAACUGGUAUUUCAAAAAAGUUUUCUUAAACAAAAUAAAAAUAAAAUAAAUUGUUAACCAAGUUUUUUUUAAAGUGCAAGUUCUUCAUUACAAAUUUAUUCGAAAAUUUGUUUAGGAAUUCGCAUCCUACUUUGAUUAUAACUGAUUUGGCUCUGAAGUGUUAUUUAUAUAAUAACCUAGUGCUAAUUUGGAUUGUUAUGUAAAUAAGUCUGAACUAUGAAUGAAUAUAUGUAUUGAAUGGGUGCAAAACAAAAUUUGAUAUGGAUCUAUAUGUUUUCAGAAAUAUCGCUUGCCAUCGUAUAAGAAUUAAAUACAUUUUCACACUAA